CGAAACUCAAGAUCAACAUCUCGACCCCCGAUCGAGCAUUGCUAUAAAGCAUCCCUCCACUCGUCCUCUCAGCUCUCAGAGCCUGACUCACAAGACAGACGUUCCUCUCCACCUCGCUCCGUAGCUAAUCGGGUCAUUGUCUACACGAGCAGCAGGCAUCAGCUCGCUAGAGCCUACACCAGCGCCAGCAAUGGUUUCUGCCGGUGGUCAUGGCGGCUUCAGCAACGCCGACGACGCCGUCGACUUCCGCGGCAACCCGGUGGACAAGUCCAAGACCGGCGGAUGGCUCGGAGCCGGGCUCAUCCUAGGUACGGAGCUCGCGGAGCGCGUGUGCGUGAUGGGCAUCUCCAUGAACCUGGUGACGUACCUCGUCGGCUCCCUGCACCUCUCCAACGCCAAGUCCGCCAACGUCGUCACCAACUUCAUGGGCACCCUCAACCUCCUCGCCCUCGUCGGCGGCUUCCUCGCCGACGCCAAGCUCGGCCGCUACCUCACCAUCGCCAUCUCCGCCACCAUCGCCGCCAUAGGCGUGAGCCUUCUGACGGUGGACACGGUCCUGCCGAGCAUGCGGCCGCCGCCGUGCGGGGACCCGCGUGGCGCGCAGGGGCACGAGUGCGUGCCGGCGAGCGGCGGGCAGCUGGCGCUGCUGUACGCGGCGCUGUACACCAUCGCGGCGGGAGCGGGCGGGCUCAAGGCGAACGUGUCCGGGUUCGGGUCGGACCAGUUCGACGGGCGGAACCCGCGGGAGGAGCGGGCCAUGGUCUUCUUCUUCAACCGCUUCUACUUCUGCAUCAGCCUGGGAUCCCUCUUCGCGGUCACCGUGCUGGUCUACAUGCAGGACAACGUCGGCCGGGGCUGGGGCUACGGCGUGUCGGCCGCCGCCAUGGUCCUCGGCGUCGUCGUGCUCGUGGCCGGGACGUCCAAGUACCGGUACCGGCGUCCCGAGGGGAGCCCGCUCACGGUGAUCGGCAGGGUGCUGUGGACGGCUUGGAAGAAGCGCAAGCUGCCGCACCCAGCCGAUGCCGGUGAGCUCAACGGGUUCUACGCCACCAAGGUGCCCUACACUGACAGGCUCAGGUGCCUGGACAAAGCCGCAGUCGUGGAUCAAGUCGACCUGGGAGCAUCUCCGACCAAAACGAAAGAGCAGGCAUCAAUGGCCUCAACAGUAACGGAGGUAGAGGAGGUUAAGAUGGUGUUGAAUCUGCUGCCCAUCUGGUCGACCUGCAUCCUGUUCUGGACAGUAUACUCCCAGAUGACCACGUUCUCUGUGGAGCAGGCGACCCGCAUGGGCCGUCGCCUAAGCGCCGGCUUCGUCGUCCCGGCCGGCUCCCUCUCCGUCUUCCUCUUCCUCUCCAUCCUCCUGUUCACCUCCCUCAACGAGCGCCUCUUGGUGCCGCUCGCCAGCCGUCUUACCCGGCGCCCGCAGGGGCUCACCUCGCUCCAGCGCGUCGGCACGGGCCUCGUCUUCGCGAUCGUCGCCAUGGCCGUCUCCGCGCUGGUCGAGAAGAUGCGGCGCGACGCCUCCUUGAACGGGGUCGCCAUCAGCGCGUUCUGGCUGGUGCCGCAGUUCUUCCUGGUGGGCGCCGGCGAAGCGUUCGCGUACGUGGGGCAGCUGGAGUUCUUCAUCCGCGAGGCGCCGGAGCGGAUGAAGUCCAUGAGCACGGGGCUCUUCCUGGUGACGCUGUCAAUGGGGUUCUUCCUGAGCAGCUUCCUCGUGUUCCUCGUCCACCACGUGACGCGGGGCACCUGGAUACAGAACAACCUCGACACGGGGAGGCUGGACCUGUUCUACUGGAUGCUGGCCGUGCUUGGGGUGGUCAACUUCGCGGCGUUCGUGCUGAUCGCGAGGAGGCACGAGUACAAGCCCAGCACAUCGGCGGUGGUGGCGCCCGCUGGGGAGGAGGAUGGUAGCAUGGGCAAGGAGAUGGACGACGUCCUGGUGGUCAAGGAGAACGUUGAAGGGAUGGAUGUGUAGGGGAGUGAGAGCUGUAGGAGGAUAUAUAUGCACCUGCGAGCGUUUGUAUAUACGUAUCUUGUAUAGCUCCGGUUGUUGGUAGUGUACUAGUGUAUGCACGACAUUUUCCUAAAGUUUGGAUGUCGAUCUGUAUGCUCCCGAGUCUAGGUGCCGAGGACUGAGUUGAAGCAAAAAAAAACAAAUAUGGUUUCCGUAAAUUA